AUGACAGCAACAACGAAUAAUACAACAACUAAGACCAAAACCAUUACUGUAAUAAACGAUGGCGGUAUUUAUGACAUUAGCAGCAAAGAAGAAUUCAAAGAUUUGCUGUCGUCCUUGAAAACAAACUAUUUGGAACAUGUCGACACGAAACGUCGAGUGCUUGGCUUUUUGUCCGUUGUGGACGGUGGAACUUAUACGUUCUCUUCUUCCCAUUACACUGCUAGCAUCAUUACUCCAAAGAGAGCAGCUGACAAGACAGAUGACGUAUCAAUGCAGCAAGAAUCAGCAGCAGCAUCAGCAUUAGCGUCAUCCUCACGAGAUUUGCCUUCCCCACAAAAGCUGAGAUUGGACGAAAGCAAUAACCCUGAAAGCGGCACCAAUGAGGAAUCCGAAGAUGACAAAAGCAUUCGCACUGAUGGUGACGAAGAUAAUAUUCGGUCGAAGGUAGUAGCUCCUGAAUCCUCUUCUGCUACCGUUAGCCAUAUGGAGCGUCAACAAGAUGAGUCUCAUCAAUCCCCGCCGCAAGCUCAACCACAGCCAAUCAUGUCUGACAAACAUCAAAAUAAGACGACUGGCAAUGCUCAACAAGACAACAUGAUCAUUCACACCAAUGGUGACGACAAUAUUAGGGAAUAUUCGCUAGGUCAUGACACUCAAAAGGCCAAGGAUCCAUCAUCUCAAGGAGUCCUAGAACCAACUAACAGGGAUUGUGAGAAUAAUAAUGGGGACAGUAAAAACGCAAGCAAUGAAACCGAACAAAAACAAUCUCCUUUUUACAUUCAACUUCCCACGCUAGAUACAGUGGUAAAGAAUCACCAGAAGCAGCAAGGCGACAACAUUGAUGAUAAGAAAGUGCUGGUUGAGAAAACCAAUGAUGCUGCACUUUUGAUGGCGCUCCGAAACGACGAUUGUUUCAUUAACAACAAUCACCAUCAAGGGGAUGAAAAUAGCCAGUCUCCCAACAAUCGACGACAGAACAACGGGAAUCAAACAGAAAACAACAGCAGUGGUGAUUUCACCGAGAAGGAUGACGAUGAUAGUAUUGCAAAUGACCAAGCAACAGCAGCAGCAGCAGUACGCUCGCCGAACCAUAAGCGACCGCGGAAUGUUGUCACUCCCAAGGAAUCAUUAGCAUCACCAUGCCUUGCACGGAAAACGGAGGAAGGCUCCUUCUUUUCUAGCAGCCGAACCCAAGCUGACAAUGACGAAUGCUUCUCGUCUCCGCCGCCAAAGCAAAAGCGAUUGAAAUUGGAUCCAAACAAAGAAGAGGACGACGAGUGUGGAGCAUCAUUGUCGCCAGCGUCAUCUCGAUCAUUAGCAUCAACAGUAUCAUCGUCAUCGUCGUCGUCAUUGUCAAAUGUGCCACCCACCAAGCCGCAAAAGACGACGCAAACUCCUACUCUCAAGAAGACCUUUACACUCACCGAGUAUUUGGUGGAAGCCAAAGCGCUUUUGGACAAGCACAAGUAUCGACAGG